UCACUCUAAACACUUCUUUUUUCUUUUUCUAAUCUCACAAAAGUUUUUUUCUUAGUCUCUCACUACAGCAGACCAGACACUCCGGUCAGGUCCCCCGCCAGCAUGCCCUUCAACCACCUCCUCACGGCGGCUCGCCGCCGCGCCUCCACCCUCUCCUCCGCCGUCAGAUCCGCCUCAACCGCCGCGGCACUUUCCACGCCUUCCUCCCCUCCUUCCCCUCCUCCUCCAAACGUCAUGAUCUACGAUCGCCUCGCCGAGGCCAUGAAAUCCAAGCUCCUCCAGCUGGAAAAUCCGGACCCGCGCUUUCUCAAAUACGGGUCACCCAUCCCAACCCUCUCGGACCACACCCGGGUCCUGGCGGCGCCGGAAACCCGCGUAACGACCCUACCUAACGGCCUCCGCGUCGUGACGGAGUCAAGCCUCGCCGCGAAGACUGCCACCGUCGGCGUCUGGAUCGACGCCGGGUCUCGGUUCGAGACGGAGGAGACGAACGGGACCGCGCAUUUCGUCGAACACAUGAUCUUCAAGGGAACGGAGAAGCGUUCUGCCAGGGAACUUGAGGAAGAGAUAGAGAACAUGGGAGGGCAUUUGAAUGCGUACACGUCGAGGGAGCAAACAACGUAUUACGCCAAAGUCACUGAUAAGGAUGUGCCGAAGGCGCUUGAUAUUCUGGCUGAUAUAUUGCAGAAUUCUAAGUUUGAUAAUAACAGGAUUAGCCGGGAGCGUGAUGUGAUUCUAAGGGAAAUGGAAGAGGUUGAGGGACAAACAGAGGAAGUAAUUUUUGACCAUUUACAUGCAACUGCUUUCCAGUACACUCCACUUGGUAGAACAAUUCUUGGACCUGCUCAGAAUAUUAAGACAAUCACCAAAGAUCAUCUACAGAAUUACAUACAGACACACUACACGGCUCCUAGGAUGGUGAUAGCUGCUUCUGGAGCUGUCAAGCAUGAAGAUAUUGUCCAGCAAGUAAAAACAUUGUUUACUAAGUUGUCAGCGGAUCCCACCACAGCUUCUCAAUUAGUUGCAAAAGAACCAACCAUUUUUACGGGUUCUGAGGUUAGAAUGUUGGAUGAUGAUAUUCCCCUUGCACAAUUUGCGGUAGCUUUUGAAGGCGCAGCUUGGACGGAUCCAGAUUCGAUUGCCCUGAUGGUCAUGCAAGCCAUGUUGGGUUCUUGGAAUAAGACAGCUGGAGGUGGAAAGCACAUGGGUUCUGCAUUAGCGCAACGAGUUGGCAUUAAUGAAGUUGCUGAAAGCAUGAUGGCCUUCAAUACCAAUUACAAGGAUUCAGGUCUUUUUGGUGUUUAUGCUGUUGCUAAGAAGGAUUGCUUGGAUGAUUUGUGCUAUGCAAUAAUGUACGAGACAACGAAGUUGGCUUAUCGGGUCUCAGAAGAUGAUGUUACGCGUGCUCGUAAUCAGUUGAAAUCUUCUCUCCUGCUCCACAUAGAUGGAACAAGUCCAGUAGCCGAAGAUAUUGGGCGUCAGCUACUCACCUACGGAAGAAGAAUACCAUUUGCAGAAUUGUUUGCUAGAAUUGAUGCUGUUGAUGCAAGCACAAUUAAGCGUGUUGCAAACCGAUUUAUUUAUGACAAGGAUAUUGCAAUUGCUGCCAUGGGACCUAUUCAGCGUUUGCCUGAUUACAACUGGUUCAGACGCAGAACAUAUUGGAACCGCUAUUAGUUUUCAUCUCUGUUUCUGCUUCAUUUCUAUUUUAUGGGAGAUCUGGCCAAGCACAUUUUUGUUCAAAUUUGCACCUUGCAUGUCUCCGGAAAGCUGCUGCUCUGGCCGUCAUUUUUUAUUUAUUUGUUAUAGGUAUGUUUUUGUAACAUUUUUGCAAAAAUAAAUAAGCUGUUAUGAGUGAUGUAAUUGUGCUCUACUCGUAACACUUGUUGAAAAUUUUAUGGGCAAAAAGUUGCCAUUGUUUCCCCAGAACAUGAGGCCAAGCUUCCUAACCCGCUAA